AGAUUUGAAGGGCUCGGGGCCGUUACCACAAUGCGGAGCCCGCUCUUUCUCUUUCGACUCUACUGGGAUCUACGGGGGAUGAAACAAAGCGAAGAGAAGCAACCAGCCCCUUCUUGCCUGAUAAAUCUUGGGUAAAGACUUCAAUGGGAGAGUGUGUUGGCAGAACACCAUACAGAUACUUCCUCAUCUGGAGCAGCGCUCUUAACAUUAGCCAUAAGAGCAGACCCGAGGAUCAUUUUCCAUAGGACAACUGGGCAAAACAGGCAGCCCAGUUUGGCUGGACCAAGGCAGAGACUAAAGUGCAUGGUUAAAUGGUACUUAUGGUGUGUUUUCUCUGACCACGUCACAUGAAGUAGAAUAAUUGACUACCCAACAUCUGUAAACUGAUUUGAAAGGAAAAUAGAUGGUUGAAACUCAGGAAAGAAAAGAAGCAUGGCAAUCCAGAUGUGCCUUGGAUCCACAUGCAAAAGAAAAUGCAAUAAUGGAGGAAAGCAUCGAAAUAGAAGAACCUCGUUUGAAGAAAGAGUACUCUAAACAUAGUUCUGCAUGGAAAAGCUGUUUAUGCCUCAGAAGUAAGAAAGGAUCCAAUGAAAAAUGCAGACCAAUUUUGAGCAUGACAAUUGGGAACCUGAUAAUAAUUAUCAUUCUCAUCAUUUCUAUCAUUGUAUUAUCUGUGAUAAGAUGUGAAACAUGCCCAGCUCCUGCUCCUCUCCUCCCUUGUGAUCUCUGUCCAAAUGGCUGGAUUGGGUUCCAGAGGAAAUGUUACUACUUUUCAGAGGCUGAAGGAAACUGGACAUCUAGUAACCUCCACUGUUCUUCUCACAAUUCCUCUCUGGCUGUGAUUGAUUCACAAGAAGAGAUGCGUUUCCUUUUGCGCUUCAAAAGCCCUCCUGACCACUGGAUUGGUCUCCGAAGAGAUAAUCCAGAGCAGCCCUAGAGAUGGAUCAAUGGUACCAUUUUCCACAAACGGCUUACAGUUUAUGGUGGAGGAAGAUGUGCAUAUAUGAUCUCUGAUGCUAUCGCCAGCUCUAGUUGCUCAAGAGAAGAACACUGGAUCUGCAGCAAACCAGUUGAGAGCUGGGAUUGUGUCACUGUCUGAAUCCAGCUUUUGUUGGCCCAUGUGUCGAUUCGGCCAUUGAAUGUGCAGGAUCUCUGCCUUGCUCAGAAUGCUAACACUAGAAGCUUUCUUGGAAUUGAGCAAGAUUAUUCACUUAUGCGGGACCAUAUUGGUGUCCCAUACUGCCAGACAGUUCUGGAGACCUUUGACUUCUCCAAACCAGUUUUCCUCAGCAGCUGCUCCAGAGGCCCUGAAGCAUUGCCAGGAAAAUAGACACUUGCCAGUUGUACUCCUAUUCCAGGCAUUUCAAAAGGGCUGAGAUGAUGACAAUGAUGAUGAUUACCCUGCUACAAGACACCCCUUAUCCAGAAAUCCAAAGUCAUGGGGUUACAGAAAAAAUAGGUUCUCUAGGUUGGUUCUUAAGUUGAAUUGGUAUGUAAGUCAUGUGUAGGUUGAGGGUAUGUACAAGUUGAGGUCAUUCAUAAGUAUAAGCAGAGGGCAGGUUUGGAGGUCAAAAUUAUAGAUUUUGAAAUUAUGGAUAUUUAUAUGGAUUUUGAUGCUAUGUAUUUUUAUAUGGAUUUUUAAAUUAUGGUUUUUAAAAAUAUGUAUUUUGAAAGUAUGGAUUUUGAUAUUUCUCCAGAUCUAAUACUAUUAGGUAACACAAUACUUCAGGACGUAUGAGUACUGUUGAAGGUUUGCUUUAUCAUUAAUAAAAUGUUUUCUACUUUCUUA